CUCUUGUCCUCCUUUUACUUAAACAUACACAAUGAAGGGCUCCAGGAGUCAAUGAGGGCGGAUUCGGAAUCUCCGAAUCAGAAUGGAGGCCUUUACUUUCGCCGUUUCCACUCAGGUGGACUUUCCGAUUUAUAUCAAAAUUGGCUCCUUGGAAGGGAAGCAAAAAGAGAUACCCUUUUCUGUACUCUUAAAGCGAUCGGAAUUACGACACCUCGGUUCGACGCAGAAUCCAACGUCUGAUCUGUUCGUUACAGUGCAACUAUGGUCGGAUUCAAAGCCGCUGGGAGUGCCUUUACAGACCUCAUAUAGGACGUUCAAAUCGACCCGUACUUGGAACGAAUGGCUGCAAAUGCCCAUGUCCCUUAAAGAUGCCCCAUUUGGAUGUCAGCUUGCUAUAACAGUUUGGGACCUGUCCCCAUUUGGCGGCGAAGGUGCGCAAGGUCAUUAUAUUCCAUUUGGCGGAACAACGUUAUCUCUAUUUGAUGAAGAGGGUAAAUUGAAAACAGGAAGGCAGAAGUGCAAAGUAUAUCGCCAUAAAGCUGCGGAUGGAUUUUCUUCGACAAGUACCCCUUCCAGUCCACCGAUGAGACGACGGAAGGCCAAUAUCCCCGACCCGCUAGGCCCUUCUCCCGAGGAGAUGGAGUUGGAAAGAGUGGAGGUCUUGAUCAAAAAACAUGAGAUGGGAGAAAUACCACGCAUUGAUUGGAUGGACCAGAUGGUCUUCCGUCAGCUGGAGAAGCUGAAGCUUAAUGCCGAAGAAGCCGCUAGAAAGCGGACCAUCCUCUUGAAAUCGACGAAGCAAAAAUCCACAGGCGAAAAUGGCGCAGAUGGAGAGGAUUCAGAUGGGGAGGAUUUUGAUGACGAAAAUUUUACUCUCUAUGUCGAAUUUCCACGUUUUGACCACCCCAUCGUCUGGUCCGACCACGAGUAUCCGCCGCCUCCUAUCUCGCCCUAUCCCCUGACCGCACCUACGAAUCCUAACUCUGCCUUGAAACCUGCUCCGGAGGUACGCUUUGGUCCCGGAAUCGAAGGCGCUGACGGGGAGGGCGUAAUCAGAAUCUACGACCCUGAAGUUGGUCAGACAGGUAAUCCCUGUGAGGAUAAGCAUAGGAGACUCAUUCGUAGUCAUCGUACUGGCAUAAUGGACAGAGACCUGAAACCGAAUCCAAAGAUCCGGGAUGAACUAAAUGCCAUACUAUCAUACGAGCCGACGCAAGACCUCACUGCUGAGGAGAAAGACCUUGUUUGGCGUUUCAGGUACUAUUUAACUCGUGAGAAGAGAGCAUUGACUAAAUUCGUGAAGUCCGUGAAUUGGCGGGAUGCCGGUGAAUCGCAUCAAGCAGUGGAAAUCCUUCCGAAAUGGACUGAAAUCGAUGUUGACGAUGCUUUGGAGCUCCUAGGACCCACUUUCGAUAAUUCUGCAGUUCGUUCUUAUGCAGUUGAAAGACUUCGGAAGGCUGAUGACGAAGAGCUUCUCCUUUACCUUCUCCAGUUGGUACAAGCGCUAAAGUACGAGGACAAUUCCAACAAUGAAACCGAGGACAGUGCUCAUGACUCGUCUCUGGCUAAUUUCUUAAUCACUCGUGCUGCAAACAAUUUCAAGCUUGGCAACUAUUUCCACUGGUAUCUAAUGGUUGAAUGUGAUGACACCAGCCCAGGAACCCUAUCAGCCCAGCGCAGACUCUUUGCUCGGGUAGAAUAUUACUUCAUGACUGACUUAGAACAAGUUCAUCCCGGGCAUCGAAAGACACUGUUGCGUCAGGGCGAACUGGUUGCCAUACUGUCAAAAAUCGCCAAGGAUCUUCGAUUUUCACGCGACACCCGACCACUAAAAAUCGAGAAGCUCAAAAAGUACCUAAAAGACCCUAAGAAUGAUAUAGUGCACAUUGAGCCUCCAUUGCCGCUACCCUUAGACCCGGAAAUUCUAGUCACGGGCUGUUUUCCGGAUGAGUCCAAUGUCUUCAAAUCUACAUUGUCUCCUUUACUCAUCACUUUCAAAACAUCAGGAGGGCAGAAAUAUCCGAUCUUGUUCAAAGUCGGCGAUGAUCUUCGCCAAGAUCAACUCGUUAUACAGAUUAUCAUUCUGAUGGACCGUCUCCUACAGAAGGAAAACCUAGAUCUCAAACUGACACCAUAUCGAAUUCUUGCGACUAAUGCUACGGCGGGCGCCGUUCAGUUCAUUCCGUCAGCCUCUCUGUCUGCGAUCUCGGCCAAGCAUAGAUCAGUUCUUGCAUACCUCCAAGAACACAACCCCGAUGAAAGUGAACCCCUCGGCGUCCGAAAGGAGACCAUGGAUACCUAUAUAAAAUCAUGUGCCGGCUAUUGCGUGAUCACAUACCUCCUCGGCGUCGGCGACAGGCACCUUGAGAAUCUCCUACUAGCUCCAGAUGGUCAUUUCUUCCACGCCGACUUCGGAUUCAUUCUAGGCCGAGACCCCAAACCAUUUGCCCCGAUGAUGAAGCUCUGCAAAGAAAUGGUCGAAGGAAUGGGCGGUACCACCUCUCCUCAUUACCUCCAAUUCAAGCAAUACUGUUUCACAGCAUAUACCACGCUGCGCAAGUCAGCAAACCUUAUCCUUAACCUUUUCAGUUUAAUGGUCGACGCCAAUAUCCCCGAUAUCCGUGUCGAACCGGAUAAGGCGGUCCUCAAGGUCAAAGAGAGAUUCCACCUCGAGAUGACAGAAGAGGAGGCUAUUCGUCAUUUCGAACAGCUUAUCGGUGACAGCGUCAACGCUAUAUUUGGUGUGGUUAUUGACCGUCUCCAUGAGUUCGUCCAAGGUUGGAGAGCAUGAUGUAACAUCACAGCUAGCGCUCGCCGGAAUUCUUAUUUGCCGCUUCGAUUUUGGGAUACUAAUACUGGCUUUGGCGCUAUUCUUAAUGUAUUGGUAUAAUAAGGAGUCAUGGGAUGGGGUCGGCGCACGUCUUGUCUG